UAGUGCACACUAUGUAGGAUGUAGAAAACGUUAUUUCGCAGCCUAUUAAGUGCUGGGAAUAGUUAUUUAGGAUACGGCUUAUGUAGCCAGAGCAAAACAGCAUAACAGGAAAACGGAGAGCGUUUUGACGUUUGGAUUUCUUUUCCCAUGAGCAAGCAUGAAGGUUUUUAUUAAACAGUGUAAAGCAGAGAUACUGGAAGAAGGCAUUAAUGUGGCUUAGUUUAUCUGCUAAUGCUUGUAUAAACCGUACAAUUAAGUACAAUGCCAGUGUCACUACAGCAGAAAGUCGGGACGUCCUCCACCGAGUUUCCCCCUGACUGGGAAGAUGACGAACGGAUGGCCUUCUUGUUCUCGGCUUUCAAAGAGAACCGAGAGGUCGACCCGACUGACUGGGAUGGCAAGAUGAACUUCUGGACGCCUUUGGUGGUGCAGAGCUGCAGACGGCGUGGCUCUGUUUGCAUGAGCUUGCAGGACCUGAACGAAAGUUUUCGGCGAAAAGGGAGCGUUCCUCUGGGCCUAAGCACCGUUGUACAGAGCAUGAUCAGGAGCGGGAAAGUGCAGAAAGAAUCUGACUUUGCUGCUAAUGUAGAUUCCGGCUGGUUGUCGUGGGGUGUUGGGUUGUUGUUGGUCAGACCUCUGAAGUGGACGCUAUCCGCGCUACUGGGCAGUGGGCGAGUUCCACUCGAGGAGUCGUUUGUGGUAAUCGAAUUGGUUAAAGAAAAGGCUGCAGCGUUGAUGGCUGCGUAUCGGAGCUCUCCUCUCGCGGGGCGCUCUCUGCUCUCAUUUCAGGAGCUGCGCUCUUUCUCCUCUCAUAUCUGUCCCGAUGAGACCACACUGUGUCUCGCACUGCUGCAGCUCCAGAGGGAGAAACACGUCACCGUCUCGCUCCAUGAAGGGGAAAAGCUGGUGAAGUUCAGUCAGGCAGGACAGGGCCGCGUGUCUCCGGUCAGUGAGGUGGAUCUGGGAAUUUACCAGCUCCAGCGGAGCGAGAAGCUGCUGGAAGAGAGAGUUGAGAUCCUAGGGCAAGAAGUGGAGAAAUGUAAAGAACAGGCAAAGGCUCUGCUAAAAGAGGGGAAGAAGUCGCAGGCAUUAAGAUGUCUUAGGGGUAAAAAGCGUGUAGAGGGUAAAGCAGAUCGGCUGUACGCUCAGCUCGAAACAGUCAAAGGAAUCCUGGAGAGGAUAGCGAGCUCACAGACUGAUCGCCUGGUGAUGCAGGCAUACCAGGCAGGUGUAGCAGCUCUGAGGAUUUCACUGAAGGGCAUAACAGUUGAGAGAGCAGAGAACCUGGUUGAUCAGAUUCAGGAGCUGUGUGACACUCAGGAUGAAGUUAACCAGACUCUGGCUGGAGGAGCUUUAGACUCAACUGAAGGAGAAUCAGAGGAGCUGGAGGAGGAGCUGAAGUCUUUAUUGGAAGACGGCGCUCCAGACACGCAUCUAACACCACUGGAGAUUCCACAUCACCCUGUCACUACUAAAGACACCAGUGUAUUGGAUGACGCUUUCUUUCACUCUCUGCCCUCCGUGCCUGCCUCUAACAUCACCGAUGAGGAGCUGGAGAGAGAGCUGGGUCGACUCAGACUGAAGGCAACGUAAGAGAUGGAUGGCUGGAUCGAUGUACGUGAUGACACCUGACAUGGCACAACGAAAACGGCUGGCGCAAAUAACUAGAUAGGCUUGUUGCUGAAUACAGAGAAGGCAAUCCAUUAGCCUAUGUGGGUUUUUUUUUCUUUGUUUCUUUGCCUUUGUUUAUGUUUGUAAUGGCAUGUUUGUGAUUUUCUUUUAAAAAACAUUUUAAAUAGUGGCCUUUGGGGUAAUAUGUAAUAUGUAUUCUAAUAAAAAUGACAAAUUAUGAUGCUUAACAAGGUUAUUCGCAGUUGAAUGAUAUUUAGUGAUUGAUUGAACGUCAUUGGAAUUAUAGUAACAUACACACUGUACGACAGUGACGACCGGUCGCGAUGUUUCAAGAAAAAGAUGAUAGAAUAAAUUAUUUUUUAUUUUGGGCUAAAGAAUAUCAGCCCAAAUGGAGAUCAGAUCUAGGGGGCUGGGGUUAGAAAGAAAUCAGCCCCAGCCUCUCUUCUUCAUACUAUACAGUGUAUUUCCUGCUGUGUUUGGGUUCCUCAAAAGUUCAAAAUAAUCCAACAUAAGACAUGUAAUAACAGCAAAUUUGAUGUGGAUGCCAACAGAUGUUGAUCUGCAAUACUAUUUUCCUUUUUUUUUUUUUCAUGAUGUCAUGAUGAUCAUCAAGAUCAGUAUUAUACCAAAGCGCUGUUGAAUUCUUGGUACGAAGGUGUUGAUUAUUUUUCUGUAACAGCUGCUCUGAUAGUAGUCCCAGCUGCAAAGUAUAUAUUAAUGUGCUUGUUCCAAUAUGUUAUUGUUUCUAUAGUAACAACUUGGACAGGAAUUUGUAUGGCAGAUGAUCUACAUAAAUAGAUGAUCUCA